AUGCUCAGCCCAAAAAUGCAGCGAUCCGUUCGUGUCAACGAGCAUCAGCUGAUUAUGCUGUCCGACCGGGCACAGUAUGAUCAUUCGAUGCACGGACAUUUGCAUAAACGCACGGCAGACAAUAACAAGUGGCAAUCGCGAUGGUUCGUUCUAUAUCAGAAUCUGCUGUUUUACUAUGAAUCGGAACAAUCGAGUCGACCUUCCGGACUGAUUUUUCUCGAAGGUUGCUACUGCGAACGGCUUGUUUCAGCCCCCUCGUUGUCCGGUCCGCCGAUCAGCAGUGGCGGCGGGCAGGGUUCAAAGGCCACCAAGGAAGAGAAACUACAGCACUGCUUCACUAUUUGCUAUCGGCGUGAAAACCAGCGCCAGUACGAGCUUCGAGCUUCCACCGAGUCUGAAUGUUCGGCAUGGAUCAUCGCCAUCAGGGAGGCAAGCUUCAACAAACUGUUGCUGCAAAAGGAAGAAUUGGAGCAAAAGCAUGUUCAUCUGCUGCAGGUGGUCGAGAGCGAGAAGACGGCCAAAUGGCAGUACACUCAGCAGUGUGAAGAGCUUGCAUCCGAAAUACGCAAACUAAGAGCCGAGUUAUGCGUACUGCGCAAAGAAACCCGUUCGAGCUACUCGGCAACCCCGGUGGGCAGAGGAAGUUUCAGCGUCCCGGGAGAUAGCAUCGAUGAUCACUCGUCGCUUCCCGGUCUGUGUGCUUCGGUGCAUGACUCCAUCGAGCUGCGGAAGAUCAAGAAGGUGCAAAGUUUUUUUCGUGGCUGGUUAUGCCGCCGCCGGUGGAAGCAAAUCGUCGAAGAGUACAUUCGUUCGCCGCACGCUGAGAGCAUGCGAAAGCGGAAUCAUCUGGUGUUCAGCAUGGUGGAAGCUGAGGAGGAAUAUCUGGAACAACUGGAGGUUCUCGUUGCAUGCUUUCUGCGCCCGUUCAAAAUGGCAGCCAGUUCCAAGCGGCCUCCGUGCUCACACGAAGACGUCAAUUCCAUUUUUCUCAACUCGGAAACGGUACUGUUCCUGCACCAGAUCUUCCUUAAAGGGUUAACUUCACGGCUUGAAUCAUGGCCGACGUUGGUACUUGGUGAUUUGUUCGACAUGCUUCUGCCGAUGUUGAGUAUCUACCAGGAAUACGUGCGCAAUCAUCACUACAGCCUGCAGGUUCUGACCGAGUGCAAGAGCAAUUCAAACUUUGCGACGGUGCUCAAGCGGCUGGAAGCAAAGCCCGCCUGUCAGGGUCGUAGUCUGGAGACCUUUCUCACAUAUCCAAUGCACCAAAUUCCACGGUACAUAAUAACGCUACACGAGCUACUGGCUCAUACCCCGCACGACCACGUGGAACGCAAAAGUUUGCAAAACGCGCGCCAGCAGCUGGAGGAUCUUUCGCGCCAAAUGCACGACGAAGUGUCGGAGACGGAGAAUCUGCGGAAAAAUCUAGCCGUAGAGCGCAUGAUCGUCGAGGGGUGCGACAUUCUGCUCGACGUGAACCAGGUGUUUGUUCGGCAGGGAAGUCUCGUUCAAGUGCCACCAGGAAGGGGAAGAAUUCGUAGCCGGUUGGCUUCGUUCAAAAGCGAACGUGAUGCCGUGCGGCAAUGCUUUCUGUUUUCGAAUCAUAUGAUUAUCGCCACCAGAACUUCUGGAGGUCGAUUACACCUGUUGCCGGAUGUGGGUAAAAUUCCGCUGGCGGAUGCUACCCUCGUCGAAGACCCAAGUGAAGUGCAGCAUGACGAUGAGGAAGCCUCGGUUUGCUCGGCGUCGACCCGAGGUAGCACGCUAAGUGUUUCGGAAUCGGUAAAUGCCGGCAAUCGCGAUUUUAAAAUUAUAGUCGAAACCAAAUCCGGUGCUCGCCACGGCAUCCACCUAAUUGCACCGACAAUUCAGGACAAGGAAGCAUGGAUAAGUGAUAUAUCGCAGUGUCUCGAUAAUAUUCACUUGCACUCGCUGCUAUCUCCCGGAAUCGGUGGAUCGUCAGGAGGAUCCAUCUUUGCAGGGCACCAAGCUUUACGCGCCGACCCACGUCUUUUCAAGGACGAUGUUGAUAUUCGCUUUUCACGCACGCUCAAUUCUUGUAAAUUGCCUCAAGUACGUUAUGCGACACCGGAAAGGCUUCUGCAGCGAUUGACAGAUCUACGAUUCCUAUCAAUUGAUUUUCUGAAUACGUUUUUACUGACGUAUCGUGUGUUCACCGAUGGAGAGACGGUUCUCAAUGCACUGAAAACGGUAUUUUAUGAUCCUCCGGUAGAGCCAGCCUGCGAUUGUGAUCAUCAGACAGAUUUUCUUGAAUUGCCAUAUCAGGAUGGACGAGCAUCGCCACGUAGAACCUCCGGGGCUAGUUCGGUUUCGGGAUACUGUUCUGAAGGUGCCGACCGUGACCGUUCGAUGAGUGGAGAUUCAGCCGGUCUUCGCUUUCGUGGAUCCCGUCGAGGGUACGCUAGCCACCAGAGUUCCGAGCAGGAAACUCUCUCCUGGAUUCCGGAACAGGUCGGACCGGUCAUCAUUCACGGAGCGCAUCAUCAUGACACCCAAGAGGAGAAGCAAAGUUCGCCGGCCAAAGUCGAAAGCACCCACAUGCAAAGUAAAUCGCAACAUCAAAUCCAUCCACAACCUCAGGAUGACUCGUACCUGGUGAUACCGAAAACAAUGGCCGGUUCAAGCAGCUCUGAUACUUUGACUGAAGCAGCAAAGAGUGGACCAUCGUCACCAUCGAAUCUGAGCAGUGUCACACUCGUGGGUUCUACCGGAUCCGGUGGAGAGGAUAAAUCUGAAGAUCAAACUCCUACGGACGGAACGUUCAAAUAUGGCAAAGUACCCACUGCACCAUUGCCAGAACGUGUUAAUCCGAAACAACGGAAAGAACCAUUGACGCCAACAAUUUGUACGACCGAUACUUCUAACACGACGCAACAACAGCAGCCACAGCAGCAGCACCACCACCAGCAGCAGAUUAAAAUACCUCAAUCUCCGCCAACGGUAACUACUACGCCAUGCCAUAAUCCGACCAUCAACAGCGUCCAACAACAGCAGCAGACUGGCAAAGAGCAUCCUACGGUGUGCCAAAAUGGACAUGAAAGUCCGAAAAUAAUAACUCAGUCUUAUCUCAGCACUACAACCACGACAACGGCCACGAUAACGACGACAGCGACCACUGGUGCAACUGCCAUCCAAAGCAUCUCGCCGCCGCAUCUCCUUCCGAUGGACCGAAGACCGAGCGUUGGGCACACCAUUGCGAUUCCUCAUGCAGCGCUCUGCCAGCACCGACACAGCUUACAGUUGAACGGCGAUGGCAGCUUCCUCGGCAAGGGCGGUGACCGUCAGCAGCCUCCGAUCAGCAGUCCACGUCUAACGGCACGAAAGUUCUCCGCCCCGAAAACGCCGGACCGGCAGCGGAAGAGCUUCUUCGGAACGCCACAACGCGACCGGGACUCAUCGAGUUCGCGGCGCUUCUCCGAGAGCGAUGACGAUAUGACAACGUCGAUUUUCACAACGCCCCGCGGUUCGGUGGGUGGCGUUUCGCUCAACACUCUCUCGUCUCGGGCCUCCAUGCAGCAUGACCACGUCCCGCACUGUUCCAGCAAGGUGGGAGUCGUAAUCACUUCCUACCGUCAAUCACAACGCAGCAUGGGACCGGAUCCAUUGUGGAGUAGCACCUCAACGGCAGCGGCGGCUUUCGCAAUCGCUACCUCAGCUUCCAGCAACCCUAGGGACGAGCCCCCCGAAGUGGAAGCUAGGAACCGGAAAGAAUCCGUUGUCAGUUCACCAGCUACGAUGCGCGUUCUGAACGUUCUGCGCCACUGGGUGUCCAAGCACUUUCAGGACUUUGAGCAGGAUGCAACUUUGCGCUCUCAGACGAUAGCGUUUCUGGACGAUAUUACGUGCAGUCCGAAUUUAUUGCCAACCGAGCACAGAGCUGCAUCCCAACUGUUACGACUUCUGUGCCGCGAGGACAUCGACAGCGGGAAACAGCACCUUGAUAUGCUGCUGAAACCACCACAGACCCCGAGUAAGGAGAGUAUUGAGACGUUGUCAGCUUUAGAAAUUGCGGAGCAAAUGACAUAUUUGGAUCAUCAAAUAUUUUUGGCCAUACGGAGCGAAGAAUUUCUCGGCCAGGCGUGGAUGAAAUCCGACAAAAAGUCGCGUGCGGAACAUAUUAUUCUUAUGACGAAACGAUUCAACGACGGUUCACGGUUGGUGUGUUCGGAAAUAGUUUCGAGGAGCAACAUGGCAGCGCGGGUAGCUGCCAUCGAGAAGUGGACUGCCGUUGCUGACAUCUGCCGGUGUUUGCAUAACUUUAACGGAGUAUUACAAAUCUGUGCUGCCUUUACCAAUGCGGCUGUGUACCGACUGAAGAAAACUUGGGACAAAGUACCUAAAACAAUCAAAUCGACAAUCACCAAACUGCAGGCUGUGGUAUGUUCGGAUGGGCGCUUCCGGGUAAUGCGCGAGGCCCUGCACCGUUGCGAUCCACCCUGCAUUCCGUACCUGGGCAUGUAUCUAACCGAUCUUUCCUUCAUCGAGGAAGGGACGCCGGACUUUACACCGGACCGGUUGCUGAAUUUUUCCAAAAUGCGCAUGAUCGCGCACGUGAUACGCGAAAUUCGCCAUUUCCAACAGACACCGUACAAAAUUGAUCACAUUCCGAAAGUUACAUCCUACCUCCUGGAUACAUCGUUGCUGCUGGACGACGACGAGUUGUACCAAAAGUCGCUGCAAAUCGAACCGCGAAGUUCGCGUCUGAGUGCACCCAACACGGCGAACGUUUAA